AUGGCGUCCGGUAUCGAGGUUGCCGGGCUAACCCUCUCGAUUUUGCCGCUGCUAAUUGACCAGAUCAAUGGCUACGUCCGCGGUAUAGAGAAAAACACGGCCUUCAGAAGCUACCGACGGGAGCUGAAAGGCUGUUCAGUCGGCCUCAGCACUCAGCAGACCAUUCUGCUGAACACAUUGAAGCAAGCCUUGGAGGGUGUGGUGGAUGACGUGGAUCAGAUACAACCUACUCAGACUUUGAACAUACGGAAAUCGCUGAAACUCGUCAGCAGAGCGGUUUACAAUGACCUCCUUUACAAGAUCGGUGAAACCAAUACAAUCCUCCAGACGCUUAUCGACCAAUCUGCUCAUCGGGAAGAUACCAGGAAGAGCCGACGGCCCUGGAGCUACCUUCUGAAGCGCUAUCGAAAAGCCCUCAAGCAUGCAGAGGGGCUGUUUAUGGCAAUCAUUAGAGGAAACUGCUGGCGCUGUCGGUGCAAGGAGCAGCAUUGCGUCCACCUCCAGCUGCAAACAAACCCCUUGCAGAGCACUGAUGAAUACUUCCACUGCAAGGUGGAUGACAACUCCCAGUUCCGAAUUGCCUUUUCCAACACGGAUAGCGCAGAAGCCAAGGUCCAGUUUGACAUUCCUGUUGUGGGCGAAGCACGACCAUCGAAGCUGAACAAUGAAGCUCUAUCGGCUCCAUUAAUCCAGGACUUUUGUUCGUAUCUUUGUGCCGCCGAACCUCACAUCAGGCAACGAGAAAGUAUGGGCUCGAUUUCGAAUGAGCUAGGCAACUUUGUCAAGUGCAAGAUGCAUACCGUAAAGAUGCUUCCAAAGCCUGUUACAGAGAAACCUCUCAGCGAGGUAUUGUCCCAAAUCAGUCGGCGGGACCGUCUUUAUGUUGCUGCUGGUCUAGCAUGCGGGGUGACCCAGUUCUGUGGUAAUUGGUUGAAGCCCUGGUGGAACAGCUUAGAUGUGCAUUUAGCCGCCGUUGGCGAUGGUACUAAUGUGCUAUUGGACAAUCUGUACCUCUCAUGGGCUGUAUCGGCCAUGGAAACAAACCAAGGACCUCGCGGUGAUGAUAUGUGUUCUGGAUUUGGGAACAAUCAGUUAUUGGCACUAGGGCUGGCUCUGGUGGAACUGCCCCUUGGGACAUCCCUGCAGCAGUUGUUGGCCCUGCAAGAGGAGAAUCAAGAUACGCUGGUGGCAAAACUCAAGUCUGCAUCAUGGCUUGUCAAAUUGGUGUACAUGGAGAGUGGGACAAACUAUGCAGAUGCAGUGGAUAGCUGCUUAUAUUGGUCUGCUUUGUGUGUCGAGAGAAGUUUCGAGGAGCCGGUCAUCUACAGUAUUAUUUCAUUUCUCCGUUGCUGA